GUUUCCUUCCUAUCAAAAUAUAAACAGCUACACUAAAUUAGCUUUACAUAGGCCGAAAUCUAACUUAAAAUAGUACUUUUCAGCCAUUCUUGAUUUUAUAAUAAUGUUGCAUUUAUAUUGUAAAAGUCGACAUUAUUGAAGAAGCGCGUAUUUAGGAGAGAAUUGUGAAUGUUGGUGAACUACAGUGGCAAAAACAGUGUAGCUAGUUCAAUUAGCUUAGCUUUAUUCUAACGCUAACUCCAGCGUUAAAUUAUUUUUCAUUAUUAGCUACAAUAUUAUUCGUUAAACACACGCUUGGUUUAGAUCUUACUCUUAAUUUGUUAUCAUAUAGCAGACAACAUGCGGAGAGGUGUUGGAGCUGGAGCUGUUGCCAAAAAGAAGCUAGCAGAGGCCAAAUAUAAAGAAAGAGGAACCGUUCUUGCAGAGGACCAAAUUGCCCAGAUGUCCAAGCAGCUAGAGACCUUCAAAUCAAACCUGGAGGAGUUUGCUAGCAAGCACAAACAAGAAAUCCGAAAGAACCCACAGUUCAGGGUUCAGUUUCAGGAAAUGUGUGCCACCAUCGGAGUUGACCCACUGGCCUCUGGCAAAGGCUUUUGGUCUGAGAUGCUUGGAGUUGGUGACUUCUAUUAUGAGCUUGGUGUACAGAUCAUUGAAGUGUGUCUAGCCCUGAAACACAGAAAUGGAGGGCUUAUUACUUUAGAUGAACUCCAUCAGAGAGUACUGAAGGGGAGAGGUAAAUACGCUCAGGAUGUGAGCCAAGAUGACUUGAUGAGAGCCAUAAAGAAGCUGAAGGUGAUGGGGAACGGUUUUGGGAUGAUUCCUGUUGGCGGUUCUUAUUUGGUGCAGUCAGUCCCAGCAGAGCUCAACAUGGACCAUACUGUAGUUCUACAGCUGGCUGAGAAAAAGGGCUACGUCUCAGUGAGUGAGAUCAGGGACAGCUUAAAGUGGGAGAAGGAACGCGCCUGCCACGUCCUGGACCACCUGCUAAAAGAAGGCCUGGCCUGGUUGGACUCUCAAGCACCUGGGGAAGCACAGUACUGGCUGCCUGCCCUCUUCUCUGAGCUUACCUCCCGUGAUGUCACACCAGAGGAAGCCAAUCAGAUGACACCUUAAGUAAUGACAGCGUGUACUUGGGCUGUUCUUUAGAGACUUGUUGGUAAACAAAAUGUGCCGGGUGGGACGGUUUGCGUAAUGCAUUUGGCUGGUGGGGUGAACUGACACUGAGCUCAGUUACUGGGCACGUGGAGGGAAACUUUCCUCUGGGCUCUGCUCAGUUACAUCUAUGCAAUGCAUGCACUUAGUUUAUUACAGAGUCACUGCCAGCAACUUGAUGUUACCAGCAUGAGAUUCUGUUGUCUUGUGGUAGCGGUUUAU